GGAGGAUGGCGGUGGCCAGGCCGCCGCCCCUGCCUGUUGUUAAGGGGCGACUGUUGGUGGUCUUGCUUUAUUGUCAGGAACCCCAGAAGCGCCGCUCAUGCAUUUCUUGAGGCUUAAAGUGGCAUUCUAACAGCAAUUUAAAAAUCAUGUCAAGCUCAAUUGAACAGAAAAAGGGGCCUACGAGACAGCGCAAAUGUGGCUUUUGUAAGUCAAAUAGAGACAAGGAAUGUGGACAGUUACUAAUAUCUGAAAACCAGAAGGUGGCAGCACACCACAAGUGCAUGCUCUUUUCAUCUGCUUUGGUAUCAUCACAUUCUGAUAAUGAAAGUCUUGGUGGAUUUUCUAUUGAAGAUGUCCAAAAGGAAAUUAAAAGAGGCACAAAGCUGAUGUGUUCUUUGUGCCACUGUCCUGGAGCAACAAUUGGUUGUGAUGUGAAAACUUGUCAUAGGACGUACCACUACCACUGCGCAUUGCAUGACAAAGCUCAGAUCCGAGAGAAACCUUCACAAGGAAUUUACAUGGUUUAUUGUCGAAAACACAAGAAGACUGCACAUAACUCUGAAGCUGAUUUAGAUGAAAGUUUUAAUGAACAUGAACUGGAGCCUUCAUCCCCAAAAAGUAAAAAGAAAAGUCGUAAAGGAAGACCAAGAAAAACUAAUUUUAAAGGCGUGUCAGAAGAUACCAGGUCCACAUCUUCCCAUGGAACAGACGAAAUGGAAAGUAGCUCCUAUAGAGACAGGUCUCCCCACAGAAGCAGUCCUAGUGACACUAGGCCUAAAUGUGGCUUUUGUCAUGUAGGGGAGGAAGAAAAUGAAGCCAGAGGAAAAUUGCAUAUAUUUAAUGCCAAGAAGGCAGCUGCACAUUAUAAGUGCAUGUUGUUCUCCUCUGGCACUGUGCAGCUGACCACCACCUCAAGAGCAGAAUUUGGAGACUUUGAUAUUAAAACAGUACUCCAGGAGAUAAAGCGAGGAAAAAGAAUGAAAUGUACACUUUGCAGUCAGCCUGGUGCUACUAUUGGAUGUGAAAUAAAAGCCUGUGUUAAAACCUACCAUUACCACUGUGGAGUACAAGACAAAGCUAAAUACAUUGAAAAUAUGUCACGAGGCAUUUACAAACUAUAUUGUAAAAAUCAUAGUGGAAAUGAUGAGAGAGAUGAAGAAGAUGAGGAACGAGAGAGUAAAAGCCGGGGAAAAGUAGAAAUUGAGCAGCAACAACUAAUGCAGCAGCAACUUAAUGGAAACUAGGUAUGAAAGUUCAUUAUACCACAUCUGUUAUCAGGAUGCAAAACACACUGAUAAAUACAUAGCGAAGUAAUGAAAUGCAGUACAUUUUUAAAAAAUCUAUUCUGUUUAGCUAAGAGCAUGUUACUGGAAUGCUGAGGAUUGUUUAGACUUGCCUAGUUCUUUGUUGUUUUUUUUUCUUUCUUUACUAGCCAAUUUUGUAACCAUAAAAAAAUAAAGCUAUCCACUUUAUCAGUAAAUGUAGUUCUAAUGUCAAAUCAGUAAGAUAUUCUCCUCUAUAACAUUAUGUUGAUUGUGUUCCCAUCAAACAUCCUAUUUUACAUGUUUUUAUCAUCUUUUAAACAGGUUCAUGGGACAGAGUUAGAAAACUGGGAAUGAAUAAGACAUCCAUAACUACUAUUCUUUUUUUCCACUGUUUUCUAAAAUCCAAAAGGGUUUGUAACUUUUUACUGCCCAACUCUUAGAUCCUUCAUUGAACUGCCUGAAAGCAUCUUGUUUGUUCUAUAUAAGCCUUCACUAGAUGGCUGAGUUUGACAUGUUGAUGUUACGUAGCUGUAGCUUGCAGUUUCUGGGAAGCAGUUGAAAACACUAUUAACCCUGUGUAGAGUGUCAUCAGUUAAAGCAGACAUUGAAAUGAACUAAGCUCUAUUUCUGGACUGAACGAAGUUCUACUGUUUAGAGUGUUUAAGUUGGUUUAGUGGAUUCAUGCUCAAGGGAAAACGUAAGCAAAUUUUACUUUACAAUGCAGCCAUGCCACUGGUGGCAACCCAUGAUUCUUUGUGGAGAUUUUUUUUUUCGCACUCCAGUAAUGGAGGCUAGAAAUGAAGAGAACCUUCUUCUCUCUUGGCUUUGACAGCACAUGCUCUCAAGUCACUUCCAAGAAGUGUGCUCCAGCUUUUCUUUGGCUCCUGUUAAAGUUGGGCUCACUGACCACCGUGGAUGCAAGCAACUGGUGAUUAAAAGCUCUGAUGCUCUCCAGUGCUUAUGCCAAAAUUCUCUUUGACAGUACCAGCUCUUCUCUUUCCAACUCACACCAAGAGCUUCUGGCAAAAUGAUCGAAUCCUUUUCCAGGUUCAAAGUAGCAUUUGGCAAACCAACCGCAAACUAAAACCUCUUUGAGAUUUAAGGGGUUACCACUUGCUAAGGACUUUUAAAGACCCCACGUCUGAAACGGGUUCCUCCCAAGUGCCCUGUCCGUGGAACACUUCACGUCUUGACCCAGAGUAUGUAAGGAGGGCUCGGGGGCUGUAGGAGUGAAAAACAGUCUUGCAUAAAACAGGAAUUAUUUUGAAUGUUGUGACCACUAUUUUAGAAACUUGAUUUCAUGUUUUCCAUGUUUUUCAGUCAUUGCUUUGGUUGUAUGUUUUCUAGGCUUCUGGGGCCCCACUCUUCUUCUUAGUGGGGUUUGGUAUUUUGUCAUUAACUAAUGAUCAGGAUUGUUUAUAAAAGCCUAAGAACCCAGCUUUUUUCAAAAGGAUUUUGGACACUGGCAUUUUUUAGCUAGUGAUAUUUUCUUCCACUUAUCUGCUGAAGCACAUUUAUAUGUUUCUUUAUGGAAAAACCAAAAAACGAAAACAAAAACAACUUUAUUUGUGGUCUGCCUGAUAGUACCAUAGCACCUCAAGGCAAAGGGUAGGGAUUCUGAUUACGGAGUUAUUAGUUCACCUACCACAAUAGAGCAAAUUUGCAAGUAAGAAAUAACAUAUUGAAGUGACUAUACAAUGAGCGGACAGAACAGCAUUUUUUAAACUGUAUACAGGUGGGAAAUUACACUGUGCUGAAUGAAUUUUGUAACUGCUUGUCCCUUAGCAUCCAAUUUGUCAAGUGUGUGUUCACACAUUUACUUCAAUCAAGGGACUCAAUGCUUGCUCUCUUUUAACUCUUUUAUUGUUAUUUUUAGAAGGAAACUAGCUUUAGUAGUGGACUGCUAUGUAUGUUUCUCCCUUUGCUUUUAAUAUGCCACCAUUUGUGUGUGAUUCAUUUUCAAAAUUUGUCAUGACUUGAAGUACAAGGACAGAUCUAAAUGUUUGUUUACCAAGCUAUGUGACUUUUCCCAAAGGAUCUGUACUUUAUUUCCUUAUAACAGCUUGAAAACUAUUAUUUUUAAAGAUCUUGAAAUCACUGUGUCUAGAUCAUUUUUUUACAUUGUGUGCCAUACAACUUACCCAUGGAGAAAUAGGUAUCCUUCAUUUUUAGACAACUACUGUAAUGAAUUUUUUUAGGAAAAAAAAAAGGAAGGUGCCAGGGGUAAUUGUGGCCAGUCACUAAUUAUGUAAAGGACUUCAACUAUUGUAGCUGUCAGUUGAUGGGUUUGUUGCGUAGUAAGAUAUAGAACUUGGUAUGGGUUUCUUCAGCCCUUUCUCUGCUACUACCAACCAGAAUAGCACUUUACCUUUUGGUUGGCUAGAUAGGUGGCUGACUACCUGUUUUUUCUCACUGUGGUGUAAUAGGCGAAAUCCUCCAUUCAAAAUUGAAAUGUAAAUUGAAGUCACAUGAAAUAUCACCUUGGGCUGUAAGCCUCCAAUAUUUUGAUUCUCUACCUAUGUUUUCAUCACAUGCUGAGUAAAAGUGCCUUACAAUGUAAAAAUUGUACAGUACUUGUGUUCCCAAGUAGCAUCAUCAUCUUCUGGGUAGUAAUUACAUUGUGGUAUUAAUAUUUAGAUAAAUGGACCUCAGCAGUGUAUUUACUGUACAUCUCUUAAGUCCUUAACUGUAGUUUUAAUAAGCAUGACAUUAUUUGAUAAGUAUAUGACAUUUACAUUGUUUUCCAAAAAUACUGCCAUUACUGUCUUUUAUGCAUAUUUUAGCCUGAAAUUUCGAAGUGUCUUUUCUUCUUUAUUUCCUUUUCUUUCUUUCUCCCCUUUUUUUGUUUUCACUUUUGUUGUUGUUGUUGUUGUUGUUGUUACGAGUAUUAAACAGUGUAACCUUUGCAAGCGUAUAUUGAAGAUGAUUCUGGAGCAUUUAUUGCCUUACCAGAAAAUGUUAGUAAUAAAUGUUCUUUAGAGCAGAAGGAUAGACUUAAGUUUCUAUACUUUAAUAAGAGCUCUUUGUUCCUGGGGGGAAGACGGGAGGGGGGUGAGUUUUACUUUCAUCUCAAUUUAUUAAAACCCACAACUUAAAUUCUCUUGCAAGGAUCAGCAGUUUUAGAAAUUUCAAAUUGUACUUGCUCAGAGGUACAUGCUACUCGAGAUAUGAACAGAAUAACAGUGCUGUAGAUCUACUAUUGAAUCCGAAUCUAUGUACUUGAACAAAUGUGUGAAUCUCAAAUAUCUCAAAGCAAAAGUAAAAGUGUUCUGGCAUGUUGUUGCUUUUUUAAAAAGCACUAAGGUUAGACCAAGGUAUAGUUUUGUUUGAACAGACAUUUAAUUGUAAAGAUGUGGAAUGCGUCAUGGGUCAAAAAUCAAACAUUCCUCUCAUGUUAUGUAUAUUUUGUUCCUGUUAUAUUGGCUUUAUUUUCAAAUUGUAGUUUGUAGUAUUAGUUCCUUUUAUUGGUAUUCUUGCAUAUACUAUUCAUUCAAUAAAUCAGUUAUGAAUUUCA